AUUAUUGAAUGCUUUGGACCUUUUGGUGGCCUGCUGUCAAGUUCUAACAACAUACUUACAGCUAGAUAUAAUGAGUUAGAUGCCUGGAUCUACUUUCUCAUGGCCCAAUGUAGGAGGGGUCAAAAGCAAAGAUGUGGGUGAUGAGCAGCCAUCUGAUAGGUCAAGCAAGUCUUACAUUAGUUAUUGGUCUGUAUCCAUGUCGAGUUAUCUUAUAAUCCACAGAAUACACUUGCUCUGAGCUUCCCUUUGCCCUACACACAGGCAGCCAUCCACCCAUGCCCAGCCCUCCCCACUCCUCCACCCCCUUUCCCUUGCUUCAAGGCAAGUGAAAAAUAGUGAUGGUGAGGAGGUAGGAGAACCACAGAACUUCCUCUUCACCAACCUUCCCUUGGGGCUUCUGGAUCUCACCAUUCCUUCCUUCCACAUCAUUUCCACCCAAUCCUUCAAGUCCUUGUCUCCUUCUAGAGUUCCCUAUCAGUAUAUCCAUCUCUUAGGAGCCUUGUGGUGAUAGGAGCCAUUAAAUCUUCUUCCACUUCAUACCAACUGCAUUGCCAUAUAUUUCCAAGAUCCAAGCAUUUGACUGCAGUGUGUCACUGAGGGCAUAGGCUCUCUCCAUGGCUCUCCUCCUUCUCCUCCUCUCCUCCAUCCUGAUCUCCAUGCUGCAUUGGAGCAGUGGUCAGCCUUCUCCUGGAUACUACCCGAGCCACAGGUUCAAGCCUUUGCCUGGCUUCUACCAUGGGUACAGCAACCUCUGGGGGCCUCAGCAUCAAACAGUCUCCGGAGACCAGUCCUCAGCGACCAUUUGGCUCGAUAGGAACUCAGGAAGCGGAUUCAAGUCGAAUCGCCCUUAUCGAAGUGGGUAUUUUGCGGCAUCCAUCAAGCUCCAAGCUGGAUACACUGCAGGAGUGAUCACUGCUUUCUAUCUUUCUAAUAACCAGGUACAUCCUGGGUUCCAUGAUGAGGUGGACAUUGAGUUCAUGGGGAAUACUCCAGGAAAGCCAUACAGAUUGCAGACCAAUGUGUACAUCAGGGGCAGCGGCGAUAGUAGAUAUGUUGGGAGGGAGAUGAAGUUCCACCUUUGGUUUGACCCGACUGCCGAUUUCCACAACUAUGCCAUCCUGUGGAACCCAGACGAGAUCAUAUUCUUUGUGGACGACAUACCUAUACGGCGGUAUCCGAGGAAGAGCGAAAACACAUUUCCGAUGCGGCCAAUGUGGAUGUAUGGAACCAUCUGGGAUGCAUCAUCUUGGGCCACGGACAGAGGCAAGUACAGGGUCGACUACCGGUACCAGCCGUUCGUCGCAAGGUUCACCAGGUUCAUCAUUCGAGGGUGCUCGGCGUAUGCUCCGUCAAGCUGCCGCCAGGCACCGUCGUCACAGUCCGGCUCCGGGCUCAGCCCCCAGCAGUAUGCAGCCAUGCAAUGGGCGCAGAGCAACUACAUGGUGUACAAUUACUGCAUGGAUCCUAAGAGAGAUCAUGCCCUGACUCCAGAGUGCUGGGGCUGAAUUAGCUGCAGACUGCAAAACUGGUGGACUCAAAAUGAGCUGUGUUGUUGUCGUUGUUACCUGUAGUUGUGUUGGUAGAAGAUAAAUGUUUCUCUUCCCGGUUAAGGUGGAAGAGUCUGGUAUUCUUCCUUUGUUUGAGUAGCCCAAAGGGGACAUAUGAUGGUGGAGAUUGCAAUGGUGGUGGAAAUGUACUAUUCAUUUGCCAUUUUCAUCUGCAUAAUGAAAUAAUUAAAUGUGUUGCAAUAUUAAA